UUGCUCUGUGUCUGGUAAACAGAAAUGGCUGUUUACCGAUUGUUGACAUCUGAGAAUUUGUCAAAUGACAGAAAUAAGGAAUUGAGUUAGACUCUUAAAUAGACGUUAAGAAGGUUAAGUGUUAUAUUAUCGUAAUUUAACCACCGUUUAUGGGUUGAGGCUUCGAAUUUACCAAUAUAUGCAUUGCAUAGGCUAAUAUGAAAUUGAUAAUGGAAGGGGCACAAGAACUUCAUUUUUCAUGGAAUGAGCAUAAGGACUUUCUAACUAAGACAUUGAAGCAACAAAGAGACUAUGAACAAUACUGCGAUAUUUCAUUGGUGAGCAACGAUGGGUUUGUUGUGCGAGCGCAUCAGGCGGUGCUUGCUGCUGCGUCAGGCUGGUUCUUACAAGUUCUUGGCCAACAUUCUCACUCUCAUCCGACUGUUGUGUUGGACUCAGCGCCUUUGGUUCUUCUCAAGGCAAUCAUCAACUACUGUUAUUUUGGUUCCAUACAAAUUGAAAAAUCCUUGCUGUGCGAGGUGCUUGAAUUAGCUGACUGCUUGGAUUUGAAAGGCUUAUGCAGAAUCAGGAAAAAUUCUGCCAUUAACAAGUUUCUUGCUACUAAACCAAGCAAGAGCCAAGCAGAGAGCGCCAGCAUCAGCCAGACACAGAGCAAUUGCUCAACUCCCGUGCAGCGCAAAGAUGUCAACCAUCCUAUAUCUUCUUCACAAAGCUCAGCUGUUACUGAGUCCAGUGCAGUCAACUCGUCAUGCUCAUCAAGUUUACUGUUUGAAGAUACUCCAUCAACUGCGCCUCCUGAUGAAAGCUUUUCUUCUAAACUUCCUUCAUCUCUCACUGAUGUACAGAGUCGAUGUAUCACCACCCAUCAAGCACCAUGUUCCAUACAAAGCAGAAGUAGUGACCUCGUACCAAGUCAGAUCUCUCAACCAUUUUUAUCAUGUCCAAGUUUAGUAAAUUCGUCUGCAUCUGCCAGUCUCAUUGACAGUUCUGCCCUUCAUUGUAAUUCGAGUUUUGUAGCCUCGUCAACUGCUUGCUUUAACCAGCCAACCCUGCCGUUGUACAACAGCCGUCCUCCGCUCAUGGUGAUGCAUCAACAAGCUCAACAUCAGCAGUUUGCUCCUCAACAUCAACAUCAGUCCUCGCUGCAACUUUACAAUCCAGUCGCACCUCUCAACUCGUGUCACCCAAAGCAAAGUUUUGAAGCUCGAAUGUUAGGCAGUACCUUGGACUACCAGCAUCCACUAGACGACUUCAGGGCCCAGAGCUUGAGCAACAAAACUGGUAUAAAAGCAAGCACUGGUCUUCAUCAGAAGCUUUGCUACCACCAGCAGCCUGGCCUUGACUCUCUUCCUUUGCAACAAAAUCUUACUAAUCCUCAUCAAAACUCUCAACUUUGUCUUCAGCUGCAAAGUGAUCAAUUGGACCCUCAACCAGAGCGCCAUCACUACCCGUAUAGUCAGACUGCAUCUCAAAUUCCCUUCUCAAGUGCUUUACUCGGCAGCACGUGUAACCCACAUGACAAUAUCUCUCAGAGUAACCAGCUACUUGCACUGCAACAUCAACCACAACAGCAUUUAGGUGGAGCCUCCUACAACAUAUACGGCGGAGAGUGCAGCACUUCACUGGAGCUGCCUGUUCUUGGUGGGAAGCCUCCUGGCAUUCACUUCCUGCGCAAUGGUGGCUGUGGUUCCAUGGGCUACCAGACCACGGGAAUUGAUCUCAGUCUCACCAAGUCUGAGCCUUCGUCUCCUAGAGAUUACACGGCGUCAGGAGCUGCCGCCAACAGCCUCUCGUGUGGCGGUGCCAAAAGGAAAAGAGAUGAGGUAUGCAGCAAUGGAGGCGGUGAAACAGAAGAAGAAGAAGGGGACGAGGAGGAAGAGGUGGGGUGCGUGGAGCUGGUGGAAGCAGACUCACCUGACGAUGAAGUGCAGUGUUCCAUGAGCAAGAAGUUCAGAGCGCCGACCUCUGAGGCGUCGACCAGCAGCAGCACCACAACGUCUACUGAGACUGUCUCAGAAACUGCUAUGCCAGCUCUGCCCGCCCUCAACGUGGCAGGUCG